AUGGCUCUUCGUAUUCUCUCAUUAUGUCUUUUUAUCUUUAUGGUAUGUAUAUUUUCAAUUGAAUCAUCACCACUAAUAGAUGAUAUUCUUAUUGAAAAUUAUCCAACACCAAAUCUUUCUCAUACAUCAUUACCUACAAUACAUCAAUUUAAUUUUAUUUCAUUAAUAUGUCAACAACAAGAACAAUAUCCAAUGCGAUUAACGAAAAAAUUAUGUUCACACUAUAUUCAACCAUACAAAAUCCAAGAAGAAAAUGAAGAACAACAACGAAAUAAACGAGUUGGAUGGACAAUUAGCGUUUAA